UCUGCAGUGAUAAUGGAACUGCUCGUCUGUUAUAAAUUUUCUCGAGUUUCUUCAUUCACCACUUCAUUCCCUAGCUUCUCAGUCUCAGUCUCUUCAAUGUUCAGCACACAUCCUGGUUCCUCAUCUUUUCACCUAGCUCGGUGUCUCAGUGUCUAAGUGUCGUGGUCUCUUUCUCAUUCCAAUUGCAACGCUGGUUGUGAUUCGAUAUCCGGUGCAGCAGCUCCUCAUCGCUGUUGAUAGUAGACUAUCUUGUCGUCUGGCCUUAAAUAUUGAAAGCAGAUCUUGCAUUGGACAUCUUGGCGGUUACGUUGGGAAACAGUGUUGCUGUGUUCAGGACGGUUGGAGUAGCAGCGAUGAGCCUCAAUGAUGUCUUUUUAGCGCGCAGUGAGCCUUGGUGGAUGAACGAGCACCCUCUUCCUUACAGAGAUGCAGGGAAUUCUCCGAGGACAGAAUUGAGGGCGGUUAUGUGCUGCAACAAGUGUGAGGAAAAAGUUCGGGAAGAAAUCAGUGAAGCGUACGGUGUGGAAGAGAUUUUCACAGACCAAACACGUUCAAAAGUUGUGGUCUACGGCUAUGUGGACAAACAUGAUGUGUUGAAGAAGACGAGGAAGGUGGAUAAAAGAGCGGACAUAGUGUCGUCCGAUUCGUUCACGUUCUACCACGAUAAUCACAGCAAACACCGCAAGCAUCACAAACACAGCCAGGGGUAUUUCUUCGACAACAGCCGCGGCCACAUCCACAACCGCACAGGCAACCAUCUGCCAAUAUUUGAAGUGACUGGCAGUCCUCGCUAUAACUCUAGCUUCGUCCAGUCCAGCUCAUAUGACAACAUCUCCGACCGCCGACAUAGCAGCUACUACGUGCCUGGGUACCAAUCAACGCAAACAAGCAACAACAGACUCAAUUAUAAACCCGACUCCAGGUACAGGCAUUUAAACAAUGGCUAUCAAUCCGAGCCAGAGAAUAGAUACCGAUACCAUGACUAUGAAUCAAGCGAAUACGGACCCCAGCAUGACCAUCGAUACAGGUACGGGUACAGCGGCUACAAACCAAGCCAGAGCUAUCCUCCGAGUUAUGUCGAAAGAGAUUACCGAGGUUCACCAUAUCCAUUGGGCAUCACGAACCCCACCUACAUAAAACAUAUCAAGUGCUCUUGAUUUCUGAAGGUCAUCGUCAACGAAUUUGAAGCUUCGUGUACAACACGCAAUAUGUAUGUAUGUAUAUAUAUAUAUAUAUAUAUAUAGAAAGAGAGAGAGAGAGAGAGAGAGAGAGAGCGAGAUGUCAUAUGACAUUAGUCGUGCACGCCGUGGAGUCUUAUAAAAAAAGAUUUCGACUCUGUUCAUUCUGAAGUUUGCAAAAAACAAUGAUCAUGGCGGCUGUUGUAUUCUUUGGCUGGAAAACCAAACAUGCUUUAGAAAACCAGAGAAAGAACGAUACAAGAGCAGAAAUUCAAUGGGAGGUAUACAAAAGUAAACUCCCUGUCCGUCGAAUAUUCUAUCGAAGCUUCAUUCUGCUUUCAGAAUAUUGGCUCAGCUUCUGAUUUUGUGAAUACAACCUUGGAGGCUGUAUUUGGAAAUACAAAAUAUUUGUACAGUGAGCAGACUUUCUGCAUAAUGUAUCUAAUGGUGAGGUGGGUGAUAAGUGAGCUUGCUCCGAUGCUGGUUCAUAUGUUGUUUACAACGUGAAA